UAAAUCUUUUUGAAUUUUCUGUUAAAAAUCAUUUUCACAAAUAAAAAAUCACUUUAGAUUUUCUCCGGAGCUUUAAGAUAAUUUUUUUAUUUUCUAAAAAGCAUUUCAGUCUUUAGUAUGCCAAAGUAAAAAAAUGUAUCAACAACGGAAAUUAAAGAAAAAACACAAUUGUUGGCAAAAUUGGGAUUGAUAGACCACUACAAUUUUUUGUACACUUAAGAAAAUAAUAGCAAUAAAUAAAAACCCAAUUUUUUGAUGAAAUCAUGAUAAAUACAUUUUUUUAAUUCUUUAAAAAUUUAGGGGACAUUUUUACAUGAAAAGGAACCAUUUGUGAGGGAUUCAUUUUAGAAAAAAAAACUUGUUUGACGGCUCUAAUGUAUCUAUACUUAAUGUCUUUUUAAUCAAGUCAAAGCAGCAAAUAAAAGAUACCAUUUUUUAUUGAACGGUUACUUUUUUAAAAAACUUUAUAUCAGUUUUGAAAAAAAGAAGAAACUAGGUAGGAUUGAAUUAGAUUUCUUUAACGAUUUUGUGACCAAUACAAUGUUUAAUGCAUUGAGUCUGUUGUCUCAAAUCACCAUAAAUGCCUCGCGAAGGUGAUACCAAAAUUGGAAUAUGACCAUAAAGGAUUUUAAGAAAAGAAAUCGAUUCUUGGAUACGGCAGUUAAAUUUCAGGUAGGACGAUUUUAUAGAAAUGAAAACAAAUAUAGUUUUUGAUUUUAUUCGACAACUUUCGAGCAAAAGCCUUGUUCCGAAAGUUUGUAUAGUUGGAGCUGGUCCGGCUGGCUUUUAUGCUGCACAACAAAUAAUUAAGGUUUCUGGUGAUGCUCAAAUUGAUAUUUUAGAACGAUUACCAGUACCCUAUGGAUUAGUAAGAUACGGGGUGGCUCCUGAUCAUCCGGAAGUUAAAAACGUAAUCACUACUUUUAACAAAACUGCAAAACAUCCUAGAGUUCAAUUCUUGGGAAACAUAAAUGUAGGGCAUGACGUUAGUGUGCAAAAGUUAAGAGAAAAUUAUGAUGCUGUUCUUUUGUCAUACGGCGCUGAACAAGAUAGACUAUUAAAUAUUCCCGGUGAGAAUUUAGGAAAUGUAAUCUCGGGUAGAAAUUUUGUUGGUUGGUACAAUGGACUGCCCUGGGCUCGAGAUUUGAAAAUUAAUUUGGAUCAAGAAGAAGCUGUCAUUAUUGGCCAGGGAAAUGUGGCGAUAGAUAUUGCAAGAAUUCUAUUAUCGCCUGUCGACAAAUUAAAAACCACAGAUAUAACAUCCUAUUCCCUGGAACAAUUAUCUCGAAGUAAAGUCCGAAAAGUUUGGCUCGUGGGUCGAAGGGGUCCCCUACAAACUGCAUUUACAACCGCAGAACUUCGAGAAAUAACGAAACUCGAGAAGUGCAAAACGCUCUGGCGAUCCGAAGAUUUCACCGGAAUCAGGGCAAUUCUUCCGAAUCUUGCAAGACCGAGACGAAGAUUAUCAGAACUGAUGCUGCAAUCCUUGGAACAUUCCUCAUUCGAUGAAACGAGACACGUUAAAGAACUGAGGCCUAUUUUUCUGCGAAGCCCCAUCGAAUUCACAGGUUCCGACUCUCUAAAAAGUGUUAAAUUUGCCAUUAAUAAAUUGGAAGGAGGCGAUUUGUUGAAGCAGAGAGCUGAAGCGACACAGGACUUUGAAGAGAUUCCUUGUGGCUUGGCUCUUCGAAGCAUUGGGUAUAAAUCCGUACCAAUCGAUCAGACUGUGCCCUUUGAUUCAAAAAGUGGUCGGAUUGUAAAUUCUUCGGGAAAAGUUGAUGAAACUUUGUAUGCUGCUGGGUGGGUUGCAACUGGACCUACUGGUGUUAUUUUGACGACAAUGAAUAAUGCCUUCCAGAUAGGAGGACUGAUUGCUAAGGAAAUUAAAAUAAAUGAAGCGAAAAAUGGAUGGGUUGGUUUGAAAGAAAUUUUGGAUAAGAAAGGUGUUCAGGUUGUACAUUACGAGGAUUGGGAGAAAAUUGAUAAAGAGGAGAUCGAGCGGGGAAAAGCGGUUGGGAAACCGAGAGAAAAAAUUGUUAAUAUUUCGGAAAUGUUGGAGAUUGCUUCCAAAUCUUCAAAUUAGGGUUUAAUUUUAUGCUCUCUCAAGUUUUUAGAAAAAUUAUCCACUUCAAGAAGAUUUUGGAAAGUUCGGAUUAAGUUAAGACUAAUGUGGCAUUUGUGAAAAAAAAUUUUGUUAAUAGUUAUUAGGGUCUCGAAUAAAAAUUUGAAUUUUAUUUUAUUUUUAAAACAUUGUUUAAAAGUCUCUUUAUGUAUGGAAAUUGAUAUUCUUUGUUUUUGAUUUUUUAAAUAUCACUGAGAAGCUAAAAAAAAUUUAAGCCCGAAAAAAUAUUUUUUUAGUUGUUAGAUAACAAGCCCCGAAUUUUAUGAAAUGAGACCAAUUUUUCGGAAAAUAUCGGAAUAUCCUUUAUAUAAUGAGCAAAUUAAAAAUAUGUAUAUCGGAUGAGAGAAAAAAUUUUAAUUUAGAAAUACACCAAAAAUAUACUUUUUUGUAUUGUUUAAAUAUUACUAUAGUACUUUAAAAUGUGUUUCGUUAUUGAAACUGACUAAACGUAAUUAAUUUGAUCCAACAACACAACAAAUGUUCUUUAGGUUUCAAAAAAAUGCCAUGAAAUUGAUGAAAAUUUCAACAAAUUUACGAUAAAUUUAUAAGAUUGAGAAUUAAUUCAAAUAUUCAAAGAAUUAAAAUGAAUUGGAAAAAUCUAAUUUUUUUAUUAAUUUCGAUGAAAUGGGACCGAAUGUAGAAGAAUUCCAGGGAUUUGAAUGAAACUUAAAAACUAACAAAAUAAAACCAAUGAUUGAAUGCCAGUUCGAGUGAGUUUAGUGGAAUAGAAGCAAAAUGAUAAAUUCAAAAUAACUAACAAAAAAAAUGUUAUUAAGUACAAUCAAGUGAAUUUCAACAAAUUUAAGAAAAUUCAGGCGACCUUAAUCUGAAUUGAGCGUAAAUUUUUAAUUAAUUAAAAUAAAUUGUAAAAAAAUCAAAACAUUAGCAUUUAUUUUAGUAAAAUUGGAGUAAGUUUAAAAGAAUUUAAAGGAAUUUAAGAGAAUUCCCUGAAAUUGAAGCGAAUU